AUGUCCCUGCCGGCUUCACCCCAGCACCUCCAUGACGCGCCCUCCCCUCUGACUGCCAACAACCCUGUAGCCGCACGGAGAAGCUUCACCCUUCCCAUGCGCGCCGUACCAAGGACAGCAUCGGUGCCUGCAUCUACAAACAGCGUCGAUGGCAUCGAGACUCUCUUUGUUUGUUCCGACUCUAGGAUCUUCUCCUUUACCACAGCCACCUCGGCCCGGCGCCCCUCACCAGAACGUCAGGGUGACGCAUGGCAGCCGAUACCGUGGAAGACGCCCACCGAGCGUGUCCUACGCAUCUACCGUGUGACCGCGUCCAAUGUCUCCUUCCUCAACAGCGGCAACCUGCUCCAUACCAUCUUCCCGCGUUCGCAAUGCUGGUGCGUCGACAACCAGUCCGUCUUCGUGUUGCGUGUCCGGCAAGACUCGUAUUAUCGUAUCGAACUCCCCUAUGAGACUGAGGAGGACAAGGCCAAAAUCACCCACUUUCAGUCGGUCCUCGCCCAAGUGAUGCAGUAUGAGCGGACGCAAUGCCCCUUCCGACGAGGCGCUGGGGUCGAAGAGCUGCAGCGGCCAAAGAGUCCGCCGCGCAAAAUCAUCAAGAGAAAGCCUUCAGGACAGGCGAAGAAGUGGAUUCUGGACAAGACCUGGGUGCCGGAACAAUACGGGUCACGGCCUUCUACUGCCGGGACUGAACGCUCAGAGGCCAGCGCUGCUUCGUCCAACGACGAGGAUGAUCGACGGAGCAUCUGCACAGAUAAUAGUGAGGCGGUACCCGAAGCACCAGAGAUUCCCUUUGUGAGAAUACUGCCAGAGUCCCCCGCCUUGUUGCCGUCGUCCAAGCCGUGCCCACGCCGUCUCUCUGUGGCAGAACGGGCAAGUCUCUUUCAGGGUGUACGCUCGGUCACGGCGCCAAUCAAGACGCAGAGGACGGGAUCUGUGUCUGCAAUGCAGAGCAUCAUUGAGUCGCCAACAGGUCAGGCGAGUUGGGACGCAGAGAAGCCAGUGCUUGAGCGUCAGGUGUCGGAUGCCGGCAGCCUGGCCUCCAGCACUGACUCAUUCUACUCUCUCUCGACGGUUACUCCACGAAGCCCCUCACCCAAGUUUGUGGACGCUGAGACGGUGGACAUGAAUCCGUGGGCAGCUACCUUUUCAGCACAGCAACAAGACGAGCCCAGGGGACGCUCGACACACCGAAGACAUAUAUCAGAGGCGACGGUGCGUGCCUUGUCUCUAGAACGGACCGAUGCAUCUGCGCCCGUGACUCCCACGGUCCCAUUGUAUGCUACGACGAUUGUGUCGACCAAUAUGCGCCCGUCGUCAGCGCCGUCUACCCCGCCGCUGGUCAGUGACUCGGACAGCGACAGUCUUGGCCGCGCCAGCCUGGAUAUUGCCACACCACCAGAGGCCAUCAGAAUGAAGCGACUGACGGGGGCGUCGCAGCGACGGGCGUUUUCCCCGAUGCCCCCGACGCAAAACCUGUUCUACCCACCCAAGCACAGCCCUGGCAAGGAGUUUACCAAUGCCCUAGUGCGCAAGACGUAUGAGAUUGUGCUGGGCCCGCCAGCACAUCUGGUGUCGAUGAUGUUGCGGAUUGCCACGACCAUCUCCAACGGCAUUGGGCUGAGUGCAUAUCGUGCCCGCCGCGCCGAGAAGAUCCCGUGUUCGUGGGAGUCAGAUGAUGAGGCGGACUGGGAUGAAGACGAUUUCGGCAUCCCGCUCAACAACAUCAGAGACGCAAAUCUACGGCGGCGGACGUUUUCUGGUGACGUGGAUUGA